AUGAUGCACGGCCGCCAAUCAAGAGCCGCUGGCUCGUGCCGGCCACUCCUUUGCAACUUCUUCCUCGCCUCCCCCGUCACGAUAUGCCUCCUCCCCGCUUCAGUCCGACUGGCCAGCCUCUCGGCGAUCCACAGAGGCCUUCGCAAAUCGUCUCAGGUCCGGUUCGACGAAGAGUCGUCUCGUACCCGCGACGGUGGUCGUGGUCGUGGCCGAACCAGUAGGGCGCUCGACGGUGCUGCCAACUACCGCCAGCAGCAGAAGCUGAGGAAAAAGUUGGAUCGCAAAGCCUCCGCCGACGACGAGGACGAGAUCGGACGACAGACUCGACGAAAGCGAUUCCUUGAUCCCGAAUUCUCCUUUGGGAAAAAGAGCCUGGUCUACCAACUCAAACAUGGAAAUCUUAAGGGCAAGGCGACAUCACUGAACCUGCCGGAGCCUGUACGACCAGCGCCCUCUCCUGCCGCCGGAGAUGCUCCCCGCCCUUCCGUCUCGUUUUCUUCGCGUAUGAGCGAAAGGGCGUUUGCGGCCAAGUUUCAGUCGGCUCGUUCUCCCAACGACGGCGACGGCGGCCAACCUCGGACGCGGUGGCGCACCAGAGCUCAAACCUCCGACCGCCUGGCCGCGCGACCGUCAUGGUCCCGAUCCACUCGUACCAACGCAUCCUCGUCCCGCUCAGGAUGGCGCCACAAGGAGGAGGAUGCCAAAGGCAGCAAGGAAGCGUACGACAGCACGUCGGGCAUGUCUGACACUGGGGGUCACGAAGCCGUCGCCCCUGUGAACGUCAAGUAUACGACGGCGGCGUCACAGUUUCUGUACGGCCGGUCCGUCGUCCGGGCUGCCCUGGAGCAGGCCAGGCGGAAACUGUACAAGCUCUACCUGUAUGGCGGCGACAAUCGCAAGGAAUCCAAGGAGACGGCCAUGUUGACGAGAUUGGCGGAGCGGCGUGCCGUGCCGAUUCAGGUCGUUCCUCGGGAGCAUCAGCGGCUCAUGGACAAGAUGAGCAUGGGACGGCCGCACAACGGCUUUGUCCUAGAGACGUCCCCACUUCCCCAACUACCUGUCAAGGCGUUGGGCAAGCUCGAGGAGUCGCCGACGAGGUUGGGAUUUCACGUCCAGCUAGAUCAUCAGACGAAAGAGGAGGAAGCCGUCAACGGCACGGGCACGUUCAUCCGGCGAUCGACGGACGUCACGCCGAAGCCGUUUGUGCUGCUGCUCAACGAAAUACUGGAUCCGGGCAACCUGGGCGCACUCCUGCGGACGGCGAGCUACUUGGGCGUCGACGCCGUCGGCAUCACGAACCGCGGCUCCUCGGCCCUCACGGCCGUCGUCCUCAAGUCGGCGGCGGGCGCGGCGGAGGAGAUGACGAUAUUUACCGUCGACUCGCCCGUCGAAUUCAUCGACGAGUCCAGGAAGGCAGGCUGGAAGACGUACGCGGCCGUGGCACCGCCGGAGCGGAAGCUCGUCAAGCUUCACGGCCGCAAGUUUCUCUCGACCGAUGCCAUAGAGCAGGAUGGUCCUCUCGCGCACGACCCUUGCAUUCUCGUGCUCGGCAACGAGGGGUACGGCUUGUCGAAGGCGAUCAAGGUGGCUGCCGACCACGAGCUCUCGGUGCCGCGGUUCGUCGAGGACAGCAGCGUGGACAGCUUAAACGUCAGCGUCGCGGCAGGACUAUUAUGUCACGCGUUCGUGAAAGGGCCGUCCAAGACGGACACAAAAGCAGUCGCUGUCCAGCGUCAGGCUCGGCAAGGUGUCCAUGAGGGUGAGACUUUGUUUUAA